UUGCCCAGAGUUUGUUGCCAUGUCCUUGCCCCUUUCCCAAAGAGAUAUUAAAAACAACAAGGACCACCGAGAGUUCCACGUAGCUUUCACUUCCGGUUCCCGUCGCAGCGGUUGGACGACUAUCCAUGUGUGGGGCAAAGCAGCUAGGGAUCGGUGUGUGCGUUUAUUUUAAAAGCUGAAUUAAAUAAAGCAGGAGCCAUUAAGUUCUACAGCCGUGGUGGUCAGCGAUGGCAGAAGGGGAACUCCAGAAAUUGCUCCCCAGGUUAAUUCAAGAAGGGCAGCUCGCCCUUUUGAAAGAAGAGAUUGAAAAUGUUGGGAAUCUGAGCGAGGAUGUGCAGAGGAAGCAUUUUGGGAGGUCUGGGGACACACUGCUCCACUAUGCGGCCAGGCAUGGCCAGUUGAGCAUCCUCAGCUACUUAGUUGAGACUCUGGAAAUGGACACUGAACUAUUUAAUAACGAUUACAAACAGCCUCUCCACGAAGCAGGCUCCAUGGGUCACAGGGACUGCGUCUUAUACCUGCUGAACAGAGGAGCUACUGUCAAUUGCCUGAAGAAAGCAGAUUGGACUCCCCUCAUGAUGGCUUGUACCAGGAGGAAUCUGGAGGUCAUUCAGGAUCUUAUCCAGCAUGGAGGAAACCCGUUACUGAAGAACAAAGAUGGCUGGAAUUGUUUCCAUAUCGCUAGCCGUGAAGGGGAUCCUCAAGUCAUCCAGUACUUACUUGAUGUCUCGCCUGGCAUCUGGGACACAGAAAGCAAAAUCAAGAGGACUCCCCUACAUACAGCAGCAAUGCACGGAUGCCUGGGGGUGGUGAAAGUGCUCCUGGAGAGGUGCCACUAUCGGCCUGACAGCACGGACAAAUGCGGAGUCACGCCUUUCAUGGAUGCAGUCCAGCACGGGCAUCUUGAUAUCGCCCAGCUACUUCUAGAAAAACAUAAGGCUUGCUACAGCGCCAGGGACGUGCUUGGUGCUCAACCACUGCACCAAGCCGCAGUCACAGCACAGGACGGCGCCCUCCAGUUCCUCGUUUCGGAUCUUGGGGUUGACGUGAACGCGAGAGCCACCUCGCUCCACCUCACCGCACUGCAUUACGCUGCCAAGGAAGGACAUACAGGCACGAUCAAGACUCUUCUGUCUCUUGGCGCCGAUCUAAAUGCAAAGGAUGGGAAAAAUCGAACCGUGUGAUCCCUGCUCAGCCAUGUCACUCAGUGGGUGACUUUGGGCCAGUCACAGUCUCUCAAUCUAACCUACCUCACAGGGUUGUUGCGAGGAUAAAAUGAGGAGGAAGAGAACUUUGUAUGCCACCUUGAGCUCCUUGGAGAGAAAGGUGGGAGAUCAGCAUCCAGUAGAUGCAAGAUGUUGAUGAGGGCAACCUGCAGUUGACUGAUGGCGGGUAAGGAGGGGAAACUAUGGUGCAGUGGUUAGAGUGCCAGACCAGGACCUUGGAGACCAGAGUUCAAAUUCCUGCUUCAACCAUGAAGCCCUUUGGGGGCCGGUCACUGCAUCUCAGCCUAACUUGCCUCAGAGAACGAUAUACAGCACUUUUGAGGUCUUUGGUGUGGUAUAAAUGUGAAAAAGGCAACAGCCAACACUUUUUGAAGGAGUCUGAAUCUUGGGAGGGAUAAGAGGCAAGGGAAAGCAGCAAAAAAAGAGAUGGAUUUGGUGGCAGGGGCGCUGCGGAUAGGUGGGUCUGAGUUCUGGGUCUUUUGCUGCAGGAUAUAGAUCUCCUGCCCUUUCCCUCCCUUUUUAAAUUUUUUAUUUGCAAAUGUAUGUUCAAGUAAUAAAUUGAUGACUAAUUAAUGAGCAUUCAUAAAUACAUAUUUCUGUAUCUACAGUUCACUUAAAAUCCAUCCUUCCAAUUCAAAAUGCCAAUAUGAGUAUGUAUAAUUUAAAACCAGGAAGUGACUUAAAUUAUUCAUAUAUAACCUAAAUCAAAUCAAAUAGAAAUGUACCACAGUGGAACAGUACUUCCAGACCUCCUGUACUUCAGCCUUUAUCUCACCCGAAUAGUGUAUAUCUUUGUUUUAUAUUGCUUUAAAAUGUUUUUAUAUUGCUGUACCCUGCCCUGACGUUUUGCGAGAGGGCGCUAUAUAAACGCUUUUAUAAAUAAAUGUGGCAGAGGUCGCCAACAUGUCACCCACAGGCGCCGUUGUGCCCACCGCUACCUCCCACGAUGCCAGCGAAAGGUCUCUGUAAAUAUCUCCUCAAAAAUCCACAAAGCAGGAUGAAACUGUUUACUCAGUUCCUUUUCUACUGGUUUGGCCUCUCCUA